AUGUCUUCUCGCAUGCACGAAAUUAUUGAGCAGCCCGCAACAUUCACAGGAUCUCCAGAAAAAGCCAGGGAAGAGUCAGUUGUUCACCAUAAUGCAGCAAUAGCCAACGUCUUGAGUCGUCUAAGAGUUACUGGUAAGGAGCAGGCGGCCAACCUUGUUCUUCCCAUCCUUGCUCUUGCCCAGCAUGCCAACAUGUACCGCGACACUACAAAAUUCGAAGUGCACUUUGCGGCUCUCCAAAAAGUCGUACAAAUCGGUGGAGGCCUUGACAGUAUGACAUUGGAGCCUUAUACUCGCCUUCUGCUACUCUUUGUCGAAGUGAAUGCUCGCGCUCGGAAUGACAGCCUUCCGUUAUUUCCCCUGCCAACUGACCUCUUGGAAUCCUUCCAAAUCAGCCUCACCAAUAUUGAGGAUGUGGUUCAUAUGGAUCUCGUCAUGAUAACCCCGCUUAGAACGCUUUUCCCAGAUGGCAUGGACUCGUUUGCCCAAAUACUGUGCGAUAUGAAGAGACUGGGAGAAACAUUGAACGAAUAUUAUCGGACCAUGGGGGAUAAACUCUGGACAGACGCACGUAUAUCUGGCUUUCGUAUCUGUGUUUUACUACACAAACUGCUUUCAAUUCAGUCACAAUCAUUCGGCGAUUCCAUGGUCACAAAGAGUCUAAGAGAUGCUACCAGGAUUUCCGCUCUUCUGGGUCUAGCAGCAGUCCGAAGACGAUUCUUAGCCUUUCAAGUUUUUACUGACAUUCACCUCACAAAAUUAAAGGAUCUCCUAAACUUUCACUUCCCUACGGUUCUUUGUCAUGAAAAAGGCAUCGGGAUCAUAUUGUUUUGGCAGCUCUUCAUGGGAGGCAUGGAAGCGACUGACCUUGAGGAUUGGUCCUGGUUUGCUACUGGCAUCUCGAUACUGGCAACUCAACUUCAAGUUGAAUCUUGGGCAGCCGCGAUGGCGAUUCUUCAGAAUAUCUUCUGGAUUGAUUCGGUACAUUCUUCGCGAGGUCGUGCGUUGUGGGAUGCGUCUCAAAGCAUCAUGACUAUACUCUAG